GGUGAUGCCGAGCUGGCCGCGAGUCUUAAUGCCGCUACUUAAAGCGCAAUCGCUUCAAUGCAUCUGUAUAGUAUAAAGUGGUAGAUUUAGUAGGCAGUGAUAAAAGCCCUCAUUCUUUAAAUUUAAAAUCUCUCAUGCUCGCGAGUUGACCUCGCGCUGAUUAACUUGGCUAACGCGACCCGAAAAUUCUGCUUGCUUUACACACACACACACACACACACACGCGCGCGCAAAUGUCAUGUGAAAGUAAACAAGUCGGUCGAGAAAUUAGCAGAGUGUAGCCAAAACCAAACACGUCUAAAGCGAAAUGCUAAAUUUAGAUAAUGCCGAUGCCGAUGGCGAUGCUGAUGAGCUGGAAACGCCUCCAACAUUGCCCCAACCGCCACCUCAGCCCGAAGAAGAGUCCUCACGGCUGCUGGCAGAGCAGAGCAAGCAACCAGAUGUUACGUUUAAGCCGCCCUACACGGCUCCAUUGGCCCCCUACGAUAUGGAGCUGCUGAAGCGAGUUGGCCUAAAGGGCAAACUAGUGGCCGAAGACAGCAUAUGGGGAGCCGCGGAAGCUACGACCCGGUUUGUGGAACUUGAGCGGGGGAACUUGAGCGAUGCCGGAAAAGCCAGCAAGUCAUCGAGUGAAUCACUAAGCUUGCACGAGAAACGAGCGAGAUUUGCGGAGAGCAGCUCAUCCACCUUAAAACUGCCAGACACGGCCGGGCAACUGCCCAACGGCAAGUCCAGCCAGCAUAGGAGCAACACCUUAAAUCACUCUACUCCCCUACUGCCAAUGACUGAACCCACGCUGGUGCCGAGCAACUAUGAUGACCGCGAAUGCAGUUGUCCACGUGAAUUUUACCAAAGAGCCGAGCUCAACACCUCACUAUUCUUUGAGGAUUGCACGCGUUCGAUUGAUUUUGUGCUGGCCCACACGAUCAAUGCACACGAACCCACGGAGGCGGAAAAUGCGGAGAAGCGACGCGUAUUUCAGGAGAAUCUAGUGCAGCAAGGCCUCGAGGUGGAGCUCAGCCAAAAGGACCAAAUCUACUUUGUCAAGAUACAUGCACCUUUGGAGGUGCUGCGCCGUUAUGCGGAGAUACUUAAGCUGCGUAUGCCCAUGAAGGAGUCAUUAUGUAAUAUGCGCGUAUCUGAAAGAUCAAAUCGACUACACAAUGCGGCGCAUUAUUUGUCCAAGAAGGUCUGCAAAAGUGUCCAGAUACCCGGUCUAUCUGUGGUGAAUCGUUCCACAAAAAGUGUAUAUUCUAGUCUCAAAACAGUCUGUCAAUUCUUUUUGCGCAAUAUUUAUGUCGACGAGCAAUACUUUCCAAAACGUGCGCAUCGUUUCACGGCCAUUUACAGUCGUGAUAAGGAGUAUCUGUUCGACAUACGUCAGGACUGCUUCUUUACAACCGCAGUCCGUUCGCGUAUUGUGGAAUUCAUUUUGGAUCGCCAGCGAUUUCCAGCCAAGCGCCACAGCGAUAUGGCUUUUGGUAUUGAGCGUUUGGUAGCCGAGGGUGUCUACUGUGCGGCCUAUCCACUGCAUGAUGGCGAAAUUAAUGAGGAGGGCACCAUGCGUGAGCUGCUGUACACAAACUGGGCGUCGGUGAAAAAAUGGUAUCGUUAUCAGCCACUAGAUGAUAUUAAAGAGUACUUUGGCGUUAAGAUUGGUCUGUACUUCGCUUGGCUGGGCUACUAUACGUAUAUGCUGUUGCUGGCCUCCAUAGUGGGCGUGGCUUGUUUUCUUUACUCCUGGAUCUCACUGAAAAACUAUGUGCCCGUUAAGGACAUUUGCUUGCGCUCAAACUCAAAUAUAACAAUGUGCCCGCUUUGCGACUGGUGUGAAUUCUGGAAUCUCAAAGAGACUUGCAACUAUGCCAAGAUAACAUACCUAAUAGAUAAUCCAAGUACGGUAUUUUUUGCCGUCUUUAUGUCAUUUUGGGCCACGUUAUUUCUGGAGCUUUGGAAACGAUAUUCGGCUGAGAUUACACAUCGCUGGGAUUUGACAGGCUUCGAUGUGCACGAGGAACACCCCCGGCCGCAGUAUCUGGCGCGCCUGGAGCACAUUGAACCCACACGCACAGACUAUGUGACCAAUAUGAAGGAACCGACGGUGCCCUUCUGGCGCAUGAAGUUGCCAGCGACAGUAUUCAGCUUCUCAGUUGUGGUGCUACUUAUAGCCUUGGCUUUUGUUGCGCUUGUCGCGGUUGUCGUUCAUCGCAUGUCCAUGCUGGCUGCUCUAAAGGUGGACGGUAGCGGCAUGACCACGUCGAAAGCGAUUGUUCUGGCCGCUGCAUCGGCGGCAUUUGUUAAUCUUUGCUUGCUUUACGUACUGAACUAUUUGUAUAAUCACUUGGCUGAAUAUUUGACUGAGCUGGAAAUGUGGCGCACUCAAACGCAAUUCGACGAUUCGCUGACGCUUAAGAUUUACCUGUUGCAGUUUGUGAAUUAUUAUGCCUCUAUAUUUUAUAUAGCAUUUUUCAAGGGCAAAUUUGUCGGCCACCCGGGCCAGUAUAUAACGGUCUUCAAAUACCGUCAAGAGGAGUGCUCCUCGGGCGGCUGUCUGACGGAGCUCUGCAUACAGCUGGCCAUUAUAAUGAUCGGAAAACAGGCAUUCAAUACCAUAUUGGAGGUUUACCUGCCCAUGUUUUGGCGCAAGGUACUGGCCAUUCAGGUUGGCCUUUCGCGGCUAUUUGGCAAUGCGGUUAAGCCAGACAAGACCAAGGAUGAGCGCUGGAUGCGCGAUUUCAAGCUGUUGGAUUGGGGUGCACGUAGCUUGUUUCCAGAGUAUCUGGAAAUGGUUUUGCAAUAUGGGUUUGUCACCAUUUUUGUGGCUGCCUUUCCGCUUGCUCCGUUCUUUGCGCUUCUCAACAACAUACUCGAAAUGCGCUUGGACGCCAAAAAGCUGCUGACACAUCACAAAAGGCCCGUUUCCCAGCGUGUCAGGGACAUAGGUGUCUGGUAUCGCAUACUGGAUUGCAUUGGCAAGCUGAGUGUCAUCACGAAUGGCUUCAUCAUUGCCUUCACUUCAGAUAUGAUACCACGUUUGGUCUAUCGUAGCUUAAAGUCAGAAGAUGGUACUUUGAACGGAUACUUGGACUUUACCUUGUCCGAGUUCAAAAUAUCAGACUCCUCCAAGCUACAAAGCCUAGCAGGUGAUUCUGCCAACAUUACCACGUGCAAAUACACGGACUAUCGUGAGCCGCCCACAUCACCGGAAAAAUAUCAUUUGACGAGCAUGUAUUACAUAAUCUUAGCUUGUCGCUUGGGAUUUGUUGUGGUUUUUGAAAACUUUGUGGCCUUAGUGAUGAUAUUGGUACGCUGGUGUAUUCCGGACAUGAGCGUGGAACUACGGGACCAAAUCCGACGUGAAGUGUACAUAACCAAUGAGAUUAUCAUAGAUCAAGAAGCACAACGCGCGCGUUUUGAACGUGCGAAACGUAACUAUUCAGUUGUACAAAAUCCCAGCGAACAAGAUGUGGAUGCUGCAUCUGUAGAUGAACCAAAUACGAAGUUUAUACAGAUUGAAAAGCUACUCACCGCGAAUCUCUCGCAAAUUGAAAUGGACUCAAUUCUACAUGGCGAAAACUCGACCACAGGCAUCUCUGGUGCAGACUGCUAGAAUCUACUCUGAAAAGCACAAAAUGCUCAGUGAUCCGCACAUAGUUGUUAUACUUUUAGUUGAAUUUUUAGCUUAGGUUACAAAAGUGCUUAAUUGUGUUAUGCCAGUUCCUUUACACAAAUAAUUUUGAAUUUUUUUUUUUUGCAAAUGCUUGCAAUAUGGUUUUAAGCUUUACUCACUAAACAUCUCGGAUUUGUUGAAAACAAUCGCGAAUGUGAUAUAAAUUCACAAUACUAAAGUGCAACCUAAUGGAUACCUAAGUAUAUUUUGAUCAAGUCCAGUAAGUGCCAAACUUUAAGCUUGCGCAAAAUGUUACAAAAACUGCAUAAAAAUAUGUGAUUAAUAUAUUCAACUAAGGGAAAAACGUUAGCUUUACGAUCUUGUCAAUAAUGAGAAAUUCACAUCAAUACAGUUAAAUUAUUUGAAUCACAUUUUUAUUUAAAUAUAUUAUGUUGUUUUGUUGUGAUUUGCUUAGUCAAGAGUUGCAUAUAUAUUAUUUUCGAAAAUCUUAAAUAAAUCUCAUCUAUUUGUACUAAAUCUCAGGCUCUCUCGAAAGACCCAUUGAAUUGUCAUGUAUACAAACAUAAACUAUAUAAAAUGUGAAUCUAUUUUAGAUAAAAUAGUUAUAGAUAUAUAUAUAUAUAUAUUUAUAAAUAUAAAGUUCAUAUUAUAUUAUCUGGGCAAAUGAAUGUAUAAAGAAUGUUAUUAAAACUACAAACUGAGUUUGUGCAUUGAAAUGUAUCU